GGAAGGUUCCGGCCUGCUGCACCUGGUCAGUGGUCACAGCUCCGCCACCAACCGAUUAACAUCAUCCCCACUUCUCGGGUCAUCAAUGUGCAGCGGUUCGUCAUAGUCAAGCCUUGCAUCAACUGCUCUGCAUAAAUUCUACGCUUCCUCCAGUUCGCGCACGGUAUUGCUCUUGGUCAAACCACCAAUUCCAGGCACUACGGUUGUAGCCAACAGCAGUCAUGUCGGCCAACGUCAAAUACACGCCUGCUCCGCAGGAAGACCCGGACCUCAACUACACCCAGCCCCCCCCGUCGUACCAGGCUGAGAGCAGCUCGGCUCAGGACUCGGACCGUCUCUUCGCCGGACCGCGCAGCAGCGAGGACAACAUUCCCGAUGAUUUCAAGUUUGGCGGCUCUGUCGCCGAGGCGACCGUCGAGAUCCGCAACCAGUUCAUACGCAAAGUCUACACCAUUCUCACCGUUCAGCUCCUCGCGACCGGUGGCGUCAGCGCCCUCAGCUUUAUGAGCGAUGGCUACAAGAGCUGGAUCCAGUCACAUCCCGGCGUCGUCUGGGGUUCGCUCAUCGGCUCUAUCGUAUUCAUGCUCCUCACCUUCUGGAAACGGCACUCUUAUCCGACCAACCUGCUCUUCCUGUCCGGCUUCACCCUGCUCGAGGCAUACACCAUCAGUGUGAUUGUGUCCUUCUACAGCGCCUCCAUCGUGCUCAACGCCGUGGUCCUCACCGCGGGGAUCUUCAUCUUCCUUACCGCCUUCGCCUGCCAGACAAAGUACGACUUCACGAGCUGGAUGCCCUACCUGUUCGGCGCGCUGUGGGGCCUGGUCCUGUUCGGCUUCAUGGCCAUCUUCCUCCCGCGCAGUAGCACGACCGAGCUCGUCUGGGGCCUGCUCACGGCGCUGGUCUUCAGCGGCUACAUUCUGGUCGACACGCAGCUCGUGCUGCGCAAGCACCACGUCGAGGAGGAGAUCGCUGCCGCGAUCAGCUUGUACCUCGACAUUAUCAACCUAUUCUUGGCUAUUCUCCGGAUCCUCAACAGCCAGAACAACAACUAGGUGUAACGUUGGCA